AUGAAGGAUAAUUAAAAUGAAUCUGAAUAAAAAAAGGCUAAAGUAGUUGACAUAUACAAUCAUGUUAUUGGUAAAUAAUAUGAAUAAUUAUUGUAUAGAUUUGAUAUCUAUAGAUGCAAAUUUACUGUAAAAAGUAAUUCAUCAAGCAACUUUUUUAUUUGUAGUCGAGAAAUCGACAUCAAGAGUAUUUUGCCAUAAGCGAUCUCAAUAGAAAUAAUAUUAGGCUGGAGCAUUCAGCACUUGUUUUACUGGAAUUGUUCUAGAAUGUGAGGAUUAUCGAUAAUGUGCCAAAAGAAAAUUAACUUAAGAAACAGGAUUAGACUUAGAAUUGUAAUAUCUCAAUUCAUUCUAUUAUGAAAGUAAGAAAAAUAAAAUUUGGGGAUAAAUAUUCUAUACAUAUUAUGAUGGAUAAAUUAUUAACUUUAUUGAAGACCCAAAAGAAGUAGAGGGAAUAGAAUUGAUGUCUUAUAGAGAAAUUGUUAUUCGAGAACAAAAUGGAGAGACAUUCACUCCUGAAAGUAUCUAAGCACUUCAUUUCUUAAAUAAAAGAGUACUUCGAUAAUGAUAUCUAUUAAAUAAAU